AAUGUUUAAUUAGAUUAAUUGGGCUGUUUGAGCCCAAUCACAAUCAUUGCUCAGCCAGAAUGAGAAUUUAUUUGGGAUUAUGAAACUAGUAAUGGCCUAAUGGGCUUGGGCCGGAAAAAGCACAUGAACCUUCUUUCGACAAAACCCACUCCUCAUCACGUGCUUACGAACCGACUCUGUUAAAGGCCCGAUAGCACAAGAGAAAAUUAAACUCUGUUGGAGCGCCCAUAAAAAACCCUACGCCACCCUCAUCUACCCACCUCAGAUGAUCGUCAAAGUCAUCUCAUUUAAUCCCAUCCGACGGCCCUCGUUUCACGAACAACCAGCACCUUAGAAAACACACUACAUUUUUUUUUUUUCGUACUUAUUCCAAAAUUCCGAAGUUUCCGACCUACCCCCGCCUUCCUCGCUCUAUCAUCAGGCCUCGCCGCGCGUGGUGGUUCCUCCGCCGCUUCGGAUCCGAAACCGCCCAUGGCUGAAGCCCCCUCCCACACGCCGACGCCGUCUCCGUCCGCAUCGGACGCUGAGACGCUGCAGUACUGGUGUCAUCGGUGCGAGAAGCGAGUCUCCGUCGAAACCCUACCUAAUCAGCCCGACGUGAUCUGCCUCGACUGUAAGGGCGGCUUCGUCGAAUCAAUCGCCGCGGCAUCUCCGCCGUCCGUCGGCCCGCCCACGCUGAGCUUCGAUCAGAUCGACGAGCCCUCAUUCGGGAGUCAGUUCCUCCAGGUCCUCCGCUUAAUAGCUCAGGCGGCGCGGGAUGAGGACGCGCCGCCAUCUCCGCCGCCGGAUCGCGCCCACGGAGACGAUUUCCUGAGAAUUGAGCUCAACGGCUGGGACAUAGGCGAGGGAGAGGACGAUCCGGGCGAGGUUGAAUUGAGAAAUGAAGCAGAAGACGAAGAAGAGGAGGAAGGGGAAGAUAGAUCCGAUAACGAAACCGAUGAGAACGGAUCCGAUAAUCGCCAGAGAGACGAAGAGGAGGACAUGCGGCGGAGGCGGAGCGAUGUGCUCCGCCUCAGGAUCCAGGAUUUCGCGGCCCGAUCCGGGAGCGGGCGGCACCGUUUCCUCGACUUGGCCGAGAUCCUGAUGGGUCUGGACGACAAUUCGAUCGAACUGCGCGUCGAAAUGCCCGAAUCUGAAGAGUAUAUUGGUAAUCCGGAGGAUUACGUGGACGCAGCCGAGUACGAGGCGUUGCUGCAGAACUUGGCGGAGAGCGACGGCGGCGGACGGAGAGGGCCCCCUCCGGCGUCUAAAUCGGCUAUCUCAGCGUUACAGACUGCGGAGAUUACAUCGGAGGCGGAUGUUUUGGUUUGCGCGAUAUGUAAGGACGCUGUGAACGUGGGCGAGACGGCGAGGAAGCUGCCGUGCGGGCACGGGUACCACGGAGACUGCAUCGUUCCGUGGUUAGGUUCUAGAAACUCCUGCCCCGUGUGUCGGUUCGAGUUGCCGACGGACGAUCCAGAGUACGAGGAGGAAAGGAAGAAAAAAACGACGGCGUUUGAUGGCGGAGCUUCGGGUUCGCGUGGGGGCAAUUCCGUCAUCGGGUGAUCCCUUCCGGUACAAAGCCCCCAUCCUCCUUGGCCGAUGCCUCUUCAUCUUCCGAUCAUGUGGAUCUUGCAUCUUCUUGUUAUCCAAUGUGACUUCGUAAGCCCCCGUCUCAUUUUGAUUCAUAUGUUCUUACGUCUCAUUCUUGUUAUUCUUCAAGUUUUGCUCCUGUUUCAGUUUCUCUUCAUUCCCUUUGUGAGCCUGCUUCCUAUAAGAAAGCAAAUCUUGACCCUCUUUGACAACAUACUUUGAAUGAAGAACUUGCUGCUUUGUAUAAGACUAGCAUGUGGGAGUUGGUACCUCUUUCUCCUGGUAAAACGGUAGUGGGACGUCGCUAGGUUUACAAGAUCAAAACUAAGUCUGAUGGUUUUGUUGAAAGAUACCAAGUCCAUUUGGUUGCAAAAGGAUUCACUUAAAAAAUUGAUUUUGAUUAUGAGGAGACAUUUGCAACAGUUGCUAAGAUGACAUACGUACGUACUUUUAUUGCAGUAACUUCUAUUAACCAGUGGAACCUUUCACAGUUAGAUGUAAAAAAUGCCUUCUUAAAUGAGGAUCUCAAAGAGGAAGUUUUUAUGUCUCCACUCCCUAGUGUUCCUCAUCAUCUAGGGGAGGUAUGUAGACUGAGAAAAGUUUUGUAUGAUCUUAAACAAGUUUCCAGGGCUUGAUUUGAGAAGUUUUCUGAAAUGUUUUGUUCUUUUGGCUUCCACUCAA